AAUGUAGGUUUGAUUGGACAGUUAUCUUGAGUCACUUGUCUAGAUUUUUCUCAUCCUAAAAGCUCAUGGUAUUGACAUUUUUAUCCUGGAUAUGUAGAUAUGUAGACAUUUUGAAUAUAUGGCUAUAGUAGCAGUAUUUAAUAAGCUCAAUUCCGCUUACUUCUGACAAGUAAAUUGGAAACAAAAGAGUCUUUUCCAUCAUUAUUAAGGGCAGGCAUUUUCUCCAAGGCUAUGAAAACUGGUUCCUCUUGCUGCCUAAGCAGUUUCAACUGCAAAAGCAAUUUACUACCGUAUGGAUCCCUCCAGGAGACUUCAACUAAAAUAAAGAGGGAAAAAUCUACUCAUAUGCGGACUCUGGGGCUUUAUGGAAGAUAGAUGCAGAGUUCUUAGGGAUUAAUUAUAGAAAACAAGCCCACACCUCUUCCCGAUCCCCCUCUGAGGGUAAUGUGUUGCCCAACAGACAGCACCAUGGGGUGGCUGAAGAUAGCUUCUCCAUGGAAACGGGGAAGGGAUUUAUGGUAGAGUCAAUCAUUGCAGCAGAAUUCCCUGGCUAUUAAUGCUGCAGUUUCCUCAGGUCUUGGUGAGAGCAGGCUGAGACUCUACUAGGAUGGAGGGAAUGUACUAGAAUCCUUCAAGACUAACAUUAUUUCAUGUGAAAUUUGACAAAGGGCUUUUAGACGGGAAUGAGAUCUCCAACAUGUGGGAAAUGGAAUGAAGCUAAUGCAUCAUGAAAUGUGAAGGAACUGAAGGCAUCUAAAGCGUUGUGUUACAUGAUGGUAGAGGACGAACUGGCACUAUUCGAUAAAAGCCUAAAUGAAUUUUGGAAUAAAUUCAAAAGUACUGACACCACCUUUCAGAUGGCGGGACUAAGAGAUACCUACAAGGACUCCCUCAAAGCAUUUGCAGAAAAGCUGUCUGUGAAAUUAAAGGAAGAAGACAGAAUGGUUGAGAUGUUUCUGGAAUAUCAAAAUCAGAUCAGCAGGCAAAAUAAAGUCAUUCAAGAAAAAAAAGAUAACUUGUUAAAAUUGAUUGCUGAAGUAAAAGACAAAAAGCAAGAAUUGGAAGUACUGACUGCAAAUAUCCAGGAUCUUAAGGAAGAAUAUUCUAGGAAGAAGGAAACUAUUUCUACUGCUAAUAAAGCAAAUGCAGAGAGGUUGAAAAGGCUGCAGAAAUCUGCAGACUUGUAUAAAGAUCGACUUGGACUAGAAAUUCGAAAAAUUUAUGGUGAGAAAUUGCAGUUUAUAUUCACUAAUAUUGACCCUAAGAAUCCUGAGAGCCCAUUUAUGUUUUCCCUACAUCUAAAUGAAGCAAGGGACUAUGAAGUGUCAGAUAGUGCCCCUCAUCUUGAGUGCCUAACAGAAUUUCAAGAGAAUGUAAGGAAGACCAACAAUUUUUCGGCUUUUCUUGCCAAUGUUCGGAAAGCUUUUACUGCCACGGUUCAUAAUUAAUGUACAAAUAGUGUAUAUUAAAAUGGUUUCUUUUUCUUCUCU